AAUCAAAGAAAGACGAAUAACAUAACGAUCCACGAGUGAUGACUCGCCAGUGGGGUUAUCAAAUAGCGAGUUACUGAGAGUUCUCCGAUAGCUAGUUAUUACAGGAGCAGUGGUUUGUACGAACCAUUCUUAAAUUAUCAGGCCUGUACGCCCAGAGCGCAAUAUACGCCUUUCUUUUAUUCCAUUGUUAAUGAGGUGAUGGAAAGUGUUUAACCUUUUGUCAUAUGUUUGGAUAAUGUUGUGUGAAUAUUACGAGAGUUAAAUUUUGUUUUUUGUUCUUCUUCUUCAUAUUUUAUAUAUAUGUGUAUAUACAAACAAAUUGGAUUUUAUCUUUCGUAGUUUUGUCAUUCAGACCACACGGUUUGUCGUUUAAUUUGUAUUCUGUUCAGUGCACAUUUAGUAUAGUGUAAAAGUGAACCGGAAUAUAACAAAUUUAUUCCAAGCAGGAAACUAGAGGCAGAGGAAACUUGGGCACUUAAUACAUUUUAGUGUAGCUUGGUAAUUAGUUAUAAUAUGAGGGAAAUUCAACCUAAUUAGUGACAGGAACGCUCGAAAGUAAGGGCUAUAAAAUUUAUUGAAACGCAAUUAUCGUCUUGUUUAGGUCUUCAGAGAAGUUUUUACGGCAGCUGUUUUAUAAUUCCCACGACAGUAAAACUUCAAGGCGAAAAACGUUGUCGAAAAAUGAAGACAAGUCUCGCAAUGUUAUUUGUUCAAGCAAUUUGGCCAGUUAUGAUCGGGGGUCAACCGCCGGAAUUUGACAGUAAACCAAUUAAUGUAACAGCCAUUAAAGGACAACCAGCGGUCUUACCGUGUACAGUAAUUAACAAGAAUGAUUAUCUGAUUGUCUGGAUGAACCCUCGGAGGACGUUGUUAAGUUCAGAUGAUCGCCGAGUGAUUGACGACACGAGGAUGAGUAUUGAACGUCCGUUCGUCCGCGACUGGAAUCUACACAUUCGGCAUGUUCAAGUACACGAUGAUGGCGAAUACACGUGUCAAAUAAAUACAGAUCCAAUACAAAUAAAACGAAUUCUACUAAAAGUUCAAGUGCCUGCAGAAAUAGACAAUACAAGUUCGAGCGUCGACACAACAGUCCGGGAGGGACAGACAGUUAAGCUACAGUGUGUUGCUACAGGGAUACCGGAACCUUCAAUCAGUUGGUACAGGAACACUUUACAGACAAAUCAAGAGAAAGAACAUGUUGGGCAUACGGGAGAGAUUCUAAUUAUACAUAAUAUAUCUCGAUAUUGUGGAGGACAAUACGAAUGUCAAGCCAGUAACAAUAUCGCUCAACCCGUGCAUCGUGUGAUGAAUGUAGAGGUGGAAUUUCCACCGGAAGUGACGUUUAAAACUAAGAAAAUCAGCCAACCAAUAGGCAAGGAAGGCAUGCUUGAAUGUUUAAUUGCUGCAUUUCCACAUGGUGUGGGGUCAUGGAGUAAAAAUGGCAAACCUGUAGGAGAAAUGGCAAAUGACAAUAGAAAAUAUACAACAUACGUGUAUAAGGAGGACCAUUUCACAUAUGCUAUAUAUCUAAGUAUAAUCAAUUUAGAGGUACAUGACUUUGGAUUGUACACUUGUGAGGCCUCUAAUGCUUUGGGAACAGACAGUGAUACUAUUUUAUUAUCUGAAUAUUUCGAGCCUACUCCACCACCUACCACAAUACCACGUGACCCUUUUCAACCAUCACGGCAACCGCCAUUAGUUGUAGGUGUAGGUCAUCGAGAUAACGAUAAUAUACCAGACUCUGACGGUAAUUUUAUUAUUGGUAAAAUACAGACAGGUAACCCGCAUAAAGCAGGAAUUAUUGGCGUAGGAGAGGGAUACAAAUCAUCAAGUGACUCUUCCAUUAUAAAGCAGACGACAACGUUAUUACGAGUACAAACAGUCGUUUUUGUGACUCUUUUCAUUUUACGUGAAUUAUUUCCCUCUUGACAUGCAUGUAGCUACAUUAGCUACACGAAACGAGUUGACAUUCCAUUUAGUUGCAAUAAUCAAAUUAUAUCAUUCUGAUCCAUUGAAAGAAAUGAAAGAAAGGAGAUGCUGUGUAAAAAGUUGAAAUUUGUAAAGAAAUGGAAAAAGUUGAAUAUUUACACACCACAUGUUAUCUUCUUCAAGUGCUUCAAAUUGAUGUAUUUGGUCACCAUACUGCAAUGUCCUGUUGAUAGAAACACACAGAGUUUAAUUUCUUUCAAAUGAUAUUUGUUUGAAGGAUUUUAUAAUGUGUAUUUAUAACUUAAUCAUUGACAAUUUUUGUGAUAAUAAAUGUAUUCAUUUUUUCUGAUAAAAUUGUUGUGAUAGAUGUAAUAAUAGAUGUUUGUUGGAAGAAGUGAGUGUAUGUACUAUUAUAUCACCAGCUUGAUUAUUAUGAAUGUAUAGACAGUGGAACCUCAUUGUUCAAAUUUGUUACAUACUGUUUUUAAAGAACUGCCAUAUUUUUUUAAAAAAGAAAGGACCAAUUUACUUCCGACAAUUAUAAAGAAUGCAGCUUACAAAACAUGGAUUGCGCAUUAUUUUAUUCUAAUUAAAAGAAAUGAAAUCAGUAAGAAUUUCAGAGAGUUCAAUAAAUUGCGACAGUAAAAGUAUUUUACCGAAGGAGAAGCAUAGUAUUUCUUUAAAUUAUAUUCACAUGUCUUAAAAGUAAUGUUUUUAUAGCUGAUCAUGGUGUUAAUAUAUUUGAACUCAGCCUAUGUCAAUUAAAUAUAUUUAUCUGCAGAAGAAAAAAACCCAAACGACAACAUCUGUUUAUGGAUAUAAAAUAUAAGGCAUCACAUUAUUCAAUUAUUUGUUAGAACGAUGAGUCUAGAUCAAUAAAAAAGAAUGCUUUUCUCCCUCACUAGUCACAUACACAGCUUUAUGACCAUUUCAUCUUUCUGUUUUGGCAUAAAUUAUGCUAUAUAUUAAAAACUUUUGCAUAUAUUAUUAGAGAAAUAAUAUAAGCAUUUGAAAGAAUUAUUGAAUGUCUGUAAGUAAACAGGUUGUAUAUAUUUUCAAUAAUUAUGUUGGUAUAUUGUAUUCAAUUUGGUAUCAGAGACGUUUGAUACUUUUUUACGUAGAUACAUGUAAUGUGUUUAUGAAUUUUGAUUUAUAGAAAUAUCAUUUUAGUGUGUUAUUUGUUUAUUAUUUGAUUUAAAUUUUAUUGUUCUUUACUAAGUAUUACCUUAUCAC